UAAUUUAAGUUAUGGUAUUUAGACUCAAAGUCUUCUUUCUUGAAGUGCUACUUGGAUCAGGGGGUUCAAUUAAAACCUAAAAUCACUCAAUUCAGCCAAUUCAACUGAAUUUGGGCAGGCAUAGCUGGUAAGUCCUCUUGUAUUCAGUGUAUUUAUUUUCUGUAGUUCUCCCUCCCAUCGCCAGGGGGAGACAAUGCUGUAUGAAAUCCGAGAGGCAGAAGAGGUCAAACCAGAGAGGAAACAUCUGUGUAAACAAGGUCGUGGUUGGAUAACCGUUGCAUGGCGUUAGCUUGCAGGUUCUGUGCUCCUACGGUUCGGGUCCUGGCUUGAGGGUCUCUGGUGAACAGGUGAACGCCGUGAGCGCGCGAAAGAAACCUGAAAUGCCGGGCGUCGCUCACGUGUCCAGGGUCCGCGCGCUCUACAAGAGGAUUCUGGUCCUGCACCGGUUCCUGCCGCUCCACCUGCGAGCUCUGGGAGACCAGUACGUGAAAGGCGAGUUCCGGAGACACAAGGAGGUCACGGAGGUGGAGGCGGGCCGCUUCAUGGCAGAGUGGGAGAACUACAAGGACACCCUGCAGGCUCAGGUGCUGGAGGCGGCGGGCCGGGGGCCCGGCUCCGUGAGGUUUGGUGCCGAGCUGCCGGAGCAGAAGCUUGCCGACUUCCAGAACGAGCAGAUCGGGCAGCUGUACGAGCUCAUGCUGGAGUCCACCAAACCCAACAAACAGUUCGACAUCCGCGAGGACAAACGCUGAAGCAGCGGACCGCAGGGGGAGGAGGGACAAUGUCUCAGAGGAACAAAGUCUCGAGGGUUUCGACAGCUUCAUGGCGCUCUGGAGAUCUCUUACUGUGUUUUGCUUCACAGAAACAAUCUUCAAAGCUUCUGACCGUUUCAGAUGCCUCUGAUGGCAGAAGGACUCCUGAAGGGGUCAGUGGGACCUAUGGGGGGCAGAAGUAAAAAUAAAGUCUGCCUCAGAGAAGGUUUUAUCUGACUCCUUGGCAUGAACACUUUUCUUUAGAUAGGUGACCUCACUCCGCCUAAAGAGAGGACAGGAAAUCUGGAAUUAUGUUAAUUUAUUCAACGUCAGUCAUUAAAUGCCCAAGAACAAACCGUUGAGUCAUGAAUUUGACUUUCUUUAGAUCUUUAGAUGGAUUUCAGACACCAACAGGCCCCUCCCCUUUUCUGACCCUCUUCAUCCUCAUCCUGACGCAGAGCUGACAAAUGCUAAAGUUGGCUCUGUCCCCAGAGGAGGAGACUCUCCACAGAGACGGAAAUCCAAAAUUGUCCUUAGAAACAGAAUCCAGUCCCUCGCUAUUUUGUGGCGUCGCUUUUCUGUUGGUGCAGUGUAGCAUUAUGUAGUUUUUACAACACAUUGUUUUCUGCACCCUGAUUUGCUGUUGACAUUUUCAAUGUCCUCCACGGCGUGUCUCCUGUACAGAAUGCCUUCACUUUGCCAAAUCGACAUAAAUCUUUGAUUGCUGGCAGAU